GCGAAGGCGGGAGGGAAAACUUUGAAAAACGGAAAGAGAGAGAGAAGGUGCACAACCACAACACACCAUCCAUCCAUCCCACCGUUCCAGCGUCCAACACGCACCUGGCUGACCACACGUCCAGUGACAAUGGUGCUUGGGAUUGUGGCAUCCCUGUCCACACUCGUGGCGCUGUGCCUGUGUGAUGCAUGGACACGAAAGGCGCGCGCUGCGCUGUUCAGAACAUUCGCGCCGCAGCCCAAAAGCAUCGCCAUCGAUGCUGCGCUGCUCUCAGCAUCAACAGUGGUGGCUGCCUGCUACCCUUGGCUGGCACCCGCACUCAUCGCUGCGCUACUCAUCCUCAGCGCAAUCGUGGUGAGGAUCGGAGGGCGCCAUAUGGCGUCCAUGCCAUUUGAGCGAAAUCACGCGCUGGACCUGCGACCGCCCUGGCUCACUGCGUUCCGCGCAGCCAUGAUGUUUAGCACGUGCGUCAUCAUCCUUGCCGUUGACCUCCCCAUCUUCCCUCCAACAUCAGCAAAGUCGGUCUCGUACGGGUUCUCCCUCAUGGACCUGGGCGUGGGCGCCAUGGCGUUUGCGGCAGGGUUUGUCGUCACGUCGCGCUUCCGCUGGCACCCGACCCGCAUCUGGGCAGCAGCCGCUGUACUGGCGCUGCUUGGGGCGAUGCGCCUCAUCUCUGUCAAGGCCACCGCGUACCAUGAAGAGGUGGUGGAGUACGGCGUGCACUGGAACUUCUUCUUCACGCUGGCGGCGCUGCUGGUCCUGCACAGGGCGUUCCGUGCCCUGGAGCGCCUGGACGAGACCCUGUGGGCACUGGCGGUCUCUGCAGUCGCAUACGCCAACCACCACCUGCUCUACCACGACGGGUGGGAGGAGUACAUCUUCAACGCCCCGCGCACAGACCUGCUCAGCCAGAACAGGGAGGGCCUGUUUGGGCUGCUUGGGUUUGCGUGCAUCUUUGAGAUUGCCCACCGCGCCGGCCAGCUGUGUUUGCUGUGCCCAAGUGGCGCGACCGAGUACCUACCGCGAUGGCUCGUCGGAAGCGCCCUUUUUGCCGUCAUCACCUUGCAGACUGGUCUCCAACCCUCACGCAGACUGGUGAACCUGCCGUACGUGGCAUUGGUGCUUGCCAUCUGCUUCCUCAUUCUCCUCAUUUUCGCACACAUCGCAAAGACCUUUGCACCGUACCGCCCAAGCCCCGUCCUGCGCGCCCUCAACCAGCGUGGACUUGAGGCGUUCCUCGUCGCCAACCUCUUCACCGGCGCCUGCAACAUGGCGCUGCCAACAGCAACCCUCUCCUCGUGGGCAUCCGUUCUCCUCCUCACCGCACACGGGCUGGUCGUGAUUGCAACCUCCCGCCUCCUUCUCCGCUCGAAUCUCCGCCUGCAGCACCUGCUCGUGCCGUGGUUGCGGCCGCGAGCGCGACUGAAAUCAGGCCAGCAUCACCAUCAACACAACACGAGCUUCUACAGGUCUCGCCUCGCCCGCACGUCGCCGCUCCACUCGCCACACCUCCGCCGCCGCCUCGCAUACUCGCCAACGCCUGACCAGCAACAACAGCAGCAGCAGCCGCAAUUACAACAACCCCAGCAGCAGCAACAGCAGCAGCAAGUGGGAAGUCCCCUGCAAGCACGCCCGCAACGCCAGUACCCGCGUUCCCACCUCUAUCGAUCACAGCUUGCGCCUCCACAAACCAUUGCUGCGGCCGCUGCCGCUGCUGCCGCUGUCAAUGUGUCUGCUUCUCCGGCCAUCACGACGUCACACACGCCGCCACGCACUCACACACCACCACCCACUCUCAUGCACAUACCCAUGUCACCACGCAAACAGUGAUGACCGUGUGUGUGUCUGUGUCUGUGUGUCUGUGUGACUGUGCAACUCUGUGAAACCAUCUGCUUUUCGCUUCUAGAUUGAUGUGAAGCGUAAUGGACGUGCUUGCCUUGCGUAGUUGGCCUGUAGAUAGAACCCUCACACACCAUGCUCUGCAUGUGCAUGCGUGCAAUGCGACGUGUUAGUGGUGUAGCGUGUUUCUUGAAUAAUAUAUCUUUCCCCCUUGCCCCCCCCCCCUUUUUUUUCUUUGCGUUCCUUCUUUUCUACUUCUGACCGCUGUUCGCGCUUGCGCUGUGGACAACUGUUGCCCUUG